AUGGUCACCUCGAACAAGCUCUACAUCGUGCAACACCUCAGCCAUCGAGCAUGGCUUAAGAGCCUGGGCCCUGACACAACUGCUGCCGUUGACCAAUCGCGAGCCCAUAAAGGAAAAUGCAUGGACCUUUCGAGUAAGAUCCACCAAGCAUGGGGAGUAUGGCCAUGGCAACUGGUCGAGGACCAACAUCAACCACACUGCUGGUCUAAGGGAAUUCUCGAUGGAAUCCUUCGUCUAGCCAAAACGGGCUGCGAGCAGACCAAGGCUACGGAUCUUUUAGCUCAAGCGCGAAUUGAUCGGGCCUGCCGCGACUAUAGCGAUCGUCGCUUGGGUACAACCAGGGAGGACGUCCUUACGAAAUCAGAUGUUACCAAUGCCCUGGAGAAGUACACCGAGUCAAGUGCUGAAUGCGAGUUCUCGACGUCUACUAAGAAGCGUAAGGGGCCUCAGGGUGGUGCACCUAGAAGGGUGAAGUCAAAACUAGCAAUGCCUUUGACAGUAUCCCCGAACAGGAGUCCUGAACUUGGACGUGGACUUGGUAACAACUAUCCAGACGAUACAAUCCGCUCUCCAUCCGCCCUAGCACUUAGUCAAGUGUCUGAUUUAACACAACAUGGGACGGACGUCCUCUCGACUCGCACAUCUAAUAACCAAUCACCAGGUCAAUUGGACACGUCAUUUUAUCUUAAAGCAGACUUCGAGCAUAGGAUUCAUGAUGACUUCGACAACGGUACCCAAACUCACGAAGAGGAAUCUCCUGAAUCUGUAGAUACCCACAAGAGAAUGGCACCCGAUAGUGAUCUUCUAGGCGCUGUUGCCGCACUCAGUGGUCGCCAAUGGGUGUCGUGUCGGCCCGAGUUCUCUCAUACAUCACCUGAGCAGCUCAUGGACACAAAAGAUACUGAAUCUCUGUCGCCAAAGACGCUACAGCAGCUGCGUUCAGGGAAUGGUCCUCCGCAUCAGCAGCAACCUCAGUCAAAGUCAUCCAAGGAAAAUGUUACCGUAUCGAGGGAGAUGCGCUCUAAUACUCCAAAAGUUGUGUUGCCGCGUCCGCCAAAAUCCGCGAACACUGCCUGUGCUUCAACACCUGCCGUCUCGGAACCUGCCUCUUCGUCAUCCCUGCCUCCGCUAGAUCUUAUAUCUAAUUCUCAAGACAUGGCUACUAUGAAAGAGCCUCUCGACCUACUAACGGACGACCUACCCUCUCGCGCCCGGCUCGACGGAAUCACAGAUUCGGGGGCCAACAGUGACAAAGAAGCCGUAUUCCAAGGAGAGGAGGCGCAUGAGUCAGUGAAUCAGAUACAGGCCGCCCUAGAGACCCUUGGAGACAAACAAUGGGUCGGCAGCAUCGCCCUAUGGACGCUACUCGAGGCGGGUUGUCCGUCCGGGGUCCGCUUGGUUGACUGCAGCUACAUUACCAUUGAAAAUCCCAAGGAAAUGUUGACUAAGCGCAGACUACGGCUUCGCGGGGAGCGCAUCUUGCUCUGCCCCCUGAACCACUACAAUAGGCAUUGGACACUCGCCAUUCUGGACACUGAGGCUGCUAUCGUUGAUCACUACGAUCCACUCUCUCCGGGUGUCUACAACCGCUUAGAGGCACUGGAGAACUUCAUCACAUCUCUGGCAGAGAAGGAAGAAACCAGCGGAUUCAAAGAUCUUUCGGAAUGGGAGUUCCGCGGCAUGCCGUGUCCAGAACAGUCCAAUGGAUAUGACUGUGGGGUCUACACUGUCGUGUUCGCUUAUUGUAGGGUACUCAACCUGCCGAUUCCUGUUUCCCUUGAUCUUGUGUUGUGGAGGAAAGCCUUGAGCUGUUCACUGGACGACGAUGGAAAGUUAUCGAAUCAAAUUGACAUCGAGGCUCAGAUGGAAGAUCGAGACACGAAAGUACCAGCAAAUUCUCAAAAAGCUUGCAGAAGCCGUCUGUAUCUCCAAAGUCCAGGCCCACAAGGAGUGGACAUCUUUACAGACGAAAUGCGAGAUGAAGAGUCUUUUUUUGCAGAUACACAAGAACUGAUUCGUUCUCAGCGUGAGCAACAGUUUGCCGCAGAGAGGAGCGCAUCAGUCGCGCAGGAGACCGCAGCCAUAGUGGCCGCCCUGCUGUCGCAAAGUCGCGAAAUGAUCUCACAAGCGCAGGCCGACCAAGAUCUCCUGCAGACACGCCUCGAUGCACACAGGAGGAUCUUGGACGACUAUAGCAAAUUGGACUUUACUAUACAAAGCGCCAUCGACGGUCUCAAUGCUGCAGUAAGCUGCCUCGAGAGGGAUUAUCAGCGUUUUGCCGGCAAGGUCGCCAAACAUAAGCAUUUCGUCGCGAGGUGGGAGCGCACGAAGAUGUUUUGCGAUAAAGAGCAAGCCCGUAGAAGGGAGCAGGAGGCUUUGAAAGGUGCCGCGAUGAAGGAUACGGCUGGUAAGAUUCGAGCCUUCUGCAUACAGAAAGAGAAUAUCAUCAGGAGAUUCCGAGCGUUAUCGGCAGAGCUAGGAGACAGUGAUGACAUUACAUACGACUGA